UUCCUUUUAGUUGCCAGUGUCGAGGUCUCACUAAGUCUGACGAGCGAGACAUUCCGACCUGCGCUGAACGACCCAAGCUCUGCAGACUACAAGAACCUCGCAUCAAAUGUCGAAUCAAGUCUGGAUUCAGCACUGAAGAGCACGCCUGGAUACAUCAGCAGUCAAGUCACAGGUUUUAGGUCUGGCAGUGUUAUAGCAGACACCAGCAUCAGUUAUAUGUCCGGUGGCAGUACCGAGGGCUCACCUGAUGUCAAGUCAUCCAUCCAGAACACCCUGACGGCCGCUGUGUCCGGUGGAUCCCUGGGCAACUUCACGGUCGACCCGAGUUCACUCGCCUUCACCGAACCGACUACGGCUAGUCCCGACUCGGGUGGCGGAGGCGGUCUGGGAGUGGGUAUAGAAGUGACCGGCGGGCUGUUUCCGACUACAGGACGCGGCGCAACAGAGGAUGAGUCAGGGCCUAAUGUUACAAUGGCGGCAGCGGAGAAUGCUACAAUGGUUCAUCCUGAAAAUGUCACAAUGCCUCGACUGGAUGAUGUUACAGCACCGGCAAAUAUGACGAUGCCUCGCCUAGAAAACACUACAGCAGCUCAACCAGGAUACACCACGACGCCUCACCAACAAAACGCUACAACGCAUCGACCAGACGAUGUUACACCGCUCCCUCCACAAAACAUGACAUCGCCUAGUCCAGAAAAUGUUACCAUGCCUCAACCAGACAUUGCUACAUCUCCUCAUCCUGACAAUGCUACAGCACAUCGACCAGACAAUACCACAAUGUUCCCUUCACAAAACAACAUAACAUCACCUAGACCAGAAGAUCUUGUAACCAUGCCUCAUCAGGACAAUGUAACAAUGGGGCCUUCAGAAAAUGCCACAAUGGCUCGGCCUGACGAUGUUACAUCUGGACGUCCUGAAAACCUCACAAUGACACCUUUACAACCACAGAUCACCACAGCUUCUCCAGCUGCAACAACUACAACAGAUGCAACUACAACGGCUGAACCUCCAAAAGUUGAGGUUUCCCUGAAGCUGACGAGUGUGCCGUUUACACCUUCUCUCAAUAACCCAGAGUCUGCGGAGUUUAAGAAUCUUGCAUCAAAUGUUGAAGACACGUUUGACCAACUGUUUGCCAACACUCCUGGAUAUGUCAAGACUAACGUUCUCGGAUUUAGACAAGGCAGCGUUAUCGCGGAUACGGAGGUAGUUUUAGACGCAGGAUCCGGAGACUCGGGGCCGGACGUGUCUGCCGUCAGUGCGUCCAUACAGAACACCCUGACGUCAGCCGUCUCCAACGGGUCCCUGGGAAACUUCACGGUGGAUCCCAGCUCACUCACCAUCACUACACCGACAACGGCUCGCCCCACUGUCACACCAAACGUUACAGCGACUCGGGCUGAAAACGCAACCAGACCGCAGCCAAGUCAGCCGGGCGACACCACAAGGCAUCAACCAGACGGUGUUACACCGCUCCCUCCACAAAACAACAAGACAUCACCUAGACCAGAUUUUACCAUGCCUCAUCAGGACAAUGUAACAAUGAUUCCUCCAGAAAGCGCUACAACACAUCGACCAGACAAUACCACAAUGUUCCCCCAACAAAACAACAUGACAUCGCCUAGACCAGAAGAUCUUACCAUGCCUCAUCAGGACAAUAUAACAAUGGUGCGUCCAGAAAAUGAUACAACACAUCGACCAGACAAUACCACAAUGUUCCCCUCACAAAACAACAUGACAUCGCCUAGACCAGAAGAUGUUGCAACGCCACAUGCAGAAAACGUCACAUCUCCAAGACCGGACAGUGUUACAACGCCCCAUCAAGGAAACACCACAAUGGCCCCUCCUGAUGACGUUACAUCUGGACGUCCUGAGAGCCCCACAAUGACACCUUUACAACCACCAACCACCACUGCUUCACCGACUGAAACAACAACAACGGGAGAAACUACAACGCCGGAACCCCCUAAACUGGAGGUUUCACUGAAGCUGACCAGUGUGACGUUCACACCCACUCUCAACGACAAAAACUCGGCCGAGUUCAAAAAUCUUGCAGCGAAUGUUGCAAAUACGUUUGACCUGUUGUUCGUAAACGUCAAUGGAUACGUCAAGACAAAUGUUCUAGGAUUUAGACAGGGCAGUGUUAUCGCGGAUACGGAGGUAGUUUUAGACGCAGGAUCCGGAGACUCGGGGCCGGACGUGUCUGCCGUCAGUGCGUCCAUACAGAACACCCUGACGUCAGCCGUCUCCAACGGGUCCCUGGGAAACUUCACGGUGGAUCCCAGCUCACUCACCAUCACUACACCGACAACGGCUCGCCCAACUGUUACACCGAACGUUACAGCGACUCAGGCUGAAAACGUAACCAGGCCGCAGCCAAGUCAGCCGCGGGAUGUCGCUACAUCGCCUCGUCCCGACAAUGUGACGAUGGCUCGGGCAGCAGAGAACACUACAAGUCACCAACCAGACGGUGUUACAAUGCCUCGCCCUGACAACAUGACAUCGCCCCGACACGACAACGCUACCAUGGCUCGUCCGGACAACGUUACAAGUCCAAGACCAGAAGGGCUUACAACGCCUCACCCACAAAACAUGACCUCUCGUCGACCAGACAUGACAAGUCCUCGCCAAGAAAACGAUACAAGUCCCAGACCAGAUGUUACAACGCCUCACCUACGUAACGUGACAUCUCGACCGGACGAUGUUUCGACGGCUCGCCCUGAAGUCCCUUCGUCCCCUCGACCGGACAGCGCUACAAUGACUCCACAGAUCAGCUCUGCUGCCCCAGCUGUGAUUACAACAACCGCAGCAGCAGAAACUACAACUAAAGAAGCCCCUAAGCUUCAAGUCUCACUCAAGCUCACCAGUGUGACGUUCACCGCUUCUCUCAAUGACCCCAACUCGGCGGAGUUCAGAAAUCUUGCAUCAAACGUAGCAAACACGUUUGACCAACUGUUUGUGCUGGUUGUCGGAUACGUCAGGACUAUUGUUGUUGGAUUCAGGCAAGGGAGUGUGAUCGCGGACACAGAGGUGGUCAUGUCCGGAGACUCGGGUUCGGACGUGUCUGCCGUCAGUACGUCCAUACAGAACACCCUGACGUCAGCCGUCUCCAACGGGUCCCUGGGAAACUUCACGGUGGAUCCCAGCUCACUCACCAUCACUACACCGACAACGGCUCGCCCCACUGUUACACCAAACGUUACAUCGACUCCGCUCGAAAACGUAACCAGACCGCAGCCAAGUCAGCCGGAUGUCGCUACAUCGCCUCGCCCAGACAACGCAACAAUGGCUCGUACAGAGAACGCUACAUCGCCACGUCCUACAAUGGCUCCUCCGGACAACACUACUAGGCCCCCGAUGGAAAAUGUCACAACCGGGCGCCCAGCAACCACUAGUCCCCAUGUUACACCACCUCGUCAAGAAAACGUCACAAGUGAUAGACCAGACGGUAUGACUCCUAUGGCUACUAGACCAAAUGUUACCUCACCGGAAAAUGCCACAAGGGCUCGGCCUGAGAUGACAACGUCAAUGGCCACUAGACCAAAUGUUACUUCACCGGAAAAUGCCACAAGGGCACGACCAGAAAUGACAACUCCUAUGUCUACUAGACCAAAUGUUACGUUACCGGAAAAUACCACAAGGGCCCGUCCAGAAAUGACAACUCCAAUGGCCACUAGACCAGACGUUACUUCACCGGAAAAUGCAACAAGGGCCCGACCAGACGUUACAACUCCCAUGGCUACAACUCCAAUGGCCACUGGACCAAAGGUUACUCCACCGGAAAAUACAACAAGGGCCCGGCCUGAAAUGACAACUCCAAUGGCCACUCCACCAAAAGCAACUUCCGCUGAAAACGCAACAAGAGCCCCACCAGACGUUACAACUCCUAUGGCCUCUAGACCCGAGGUAACCCCAAGAAAAAACGCCACAGCCCAGCAACCAGAAGUUACAUCUGCUGGACCCACGAGACCAGAGCUUACUACAGCAGAAAAUGUCACAAGGGCCAGACCAGACGCCACAACUGCUGGAGCUACCAGGCCUGACAUGUCUACAAGAGAAAGCAUCACAAGCGGUCGACCAGAAGGCACAACUCCUAGUGCUACCACACCCGCCAUGACUACAUCCGCGGCAUCUUCCCUGGCCCUAGCCUUGACGCUGAGUGGGGAGUCAUGGCGAGCGACCCUAAGUGAUUCCAGCUCUGCUGACUUUACGUUCCUCGCAUCUACUGUCACGUCUAACCUGCAAGCCGAACUGGGGAGCACGCCUGGAUACGUCCGGAGCGAAGUGACGGGAUUCAGGCAGGGCAGUGUUAUAGCAGACGUGGAUGUGUACUACUCGGCUAGCGGUGGUUCGUCUGCGGCGGACGUCCAGAGUUCACUUCUGACCAAAGCCAAGGCAGCAGUGUCCAGUGGGACUAUUGGCAGCCUCACCGUGGACCCAACCUCACUGGAUUACUUGUCAGCUACAACGCAAGGUGCCUCACAACCGAGUGCCACUCAGGAAGCUACAACACCAAUUGCUACACAACCGGCUUCAACAGCGGGUGCCACACAACCAGGUGUAACACCUAAUGCUACACAACCGGUUGUAACACCAGGCGUGUCACAAGCUACUACAACGCCAAUUGCCACACAACCGGCUACAACAGCGGGUGCUCCACCACCUUCUGCAACGCCUAAUGCCACACAACCGACUACAACAGCGGGUGCUUCACCACCGGCUACAACGCCAAGUGCUACUCAGCAGGCAACAACCUCAGCCGAGCCGGCGUCGUCACCGGCCACUACUGAGGAGGCAACGACGGCAGAACGCACUACUAAAGCCCCAGCCGAAAAGCUGUCAGUUUCCUUCGCGAUGACAAGCGAGACGUACACACCUGCACUCAGCGACAGCAACUCUCCUCAGUUCAGGAGCCUCGCGUUUACUGUUGUAACACAAAUCACGCUUAUACUGAGUUCGCAACCAGGAUUCGUCGAUGUAACGGUCCUGCGAUUCCGGCCAGGAAGUGUGGUAGCUGACACGGAAGUUCAGGUGGAACAGCCGUCAGACGGCAGCGCGGACCUGGCGACAGUCAGCACAGCUGUGCAGAACAGCAUCACCACAGCUGUCUCUAACGGCACGCUGGGGAACCUGACUGUCGACCCCAGCUCUCUGCAAAUCACUACGGUCACCACGCCAAGCCCGCCUGUGUCUGGUACGUAA